CAGAGCUCACAAAAACGUUUUAACGGCAUUUCAUAAGGAAGAAAAAAAUGAAGAGCCCGUAUUUUCUUCUCGCAAUUCUCCUUGGAAUCUCAGGAAAAUCUCAGUCUACGAAAAUCAAGGUCGUUAAAGGAAACGACCCAGGACCAUGUUCAAAAAAAAGCAAUGGAGAGAUGACGUUGGUUCGCGAUCGACAAAACAAACAUAAAUUCUUGAUAUGUUCUAAAGUUAACGGUAUUUUUGGAUGGAGAACAAUAGAUGACCAUUUCUCAGGUUCUAGUUCUCCAGGAGAGUUUUUCAACCCAGUAUACGACUGCUCAACCAUAUUGGAUAAAGAUCCAAAAGCUAAGGAUGGAUUUUACUGGAUAACACUUGGAGAAAAGAAACCGAAAAAGGUUUAUUGUGAUAUGAUGACUGAUGGUGGUGGGUUCAUGUUGAUUGGUCGGAAAAAUUCAUCCGUUACAUGGACAGUACCAUCGAACAGCAAGACAGUGGAACCAUUUGGUAAACCUCAUUGGAUAAGUUCAUUAGGAGAGGCUCCUAUGGUUGAUUUUAGAGUACAAAUGGCCACUAAAGAUGAUUUUAAGGCAACAAAGGCUCAUUGGUAUUACAGAUUUAAGAGUACAAGAAAAUUGAAAAAUUUGAUGUUAUCUAAGACAGGGGGAUGUGGGGGAACUUCAGCAGGAAUUGGUGACGUUAAGUUAGUGAAAGAUCUUAUUACUGGAAAUGUUGUAACAACAAGUUUUCGCUGCUCUAAAUUUGGAUUGGCAUAUAAUGAAAAAAUGAAAUUUGGAUGGGCAAAUAUGAAUUAUUGCUUGACUAAACCCUGUCGUAGAGGAUUUGCUUUUCAUGACAAAGUUUCAUUUCAAACUGACUAUUCUGGAUCAUUUAGCUACAGUGCAAAAGAUAACAUUUCUGGUAUAGAUUUUGGAGCGACGGCAUUGGUUGGCUGUGACAGCGGAAAGUGCUGUGGAUGUUAUGGUCCAAAAAAUGGCAAGAAGAACUAUUGUUAUAAUAAUUGUCAGGCAAAAAAUGGUGGAAAUAUUACAAAAAAUGUUUAUACAUGGUUUUGGGUUCGUUCACGUAUUCCUAAGAAAAUAUGGAAUAAGUGUAUGGAUUAUAAAGUGAUGGAAAAUGGCGCUUUCGUGUGGUACAAAAUCAUUGGGGACAAUGAACUUCCAACAAAAGGUCCCUGUGAAAAAGAGAAACCAUUACUUUAUCAAGGAAUGAUUGUUGCACCAGAUAAUGAAACUGCAAAGAAGAUUCCAAAAAUUGAAGGGAUGAUUAUUUAUCGGGAAGAUAAAGAGAAACUUUAUGUCCAAGGAAAUAAGCAAUUAAAAACAUUGGCUGACGAGAAAAAGGUUCUAAAGAUGCUAGACAAAGAUGUAUCAAACCUUGAAAGUGAAGUAGACUAUUUAAAUAAAACUUUGGACAGCAAAUUUCGUUUGGUGUUUUCCCUCGUUUCUCGUGAAAUUUCAACUUCAACAAUUCUAAAAGGAGAACCAAAAAACUUUCUAAAGCAAUUAAAGCAAUGGUUUUCAUUCAGUAAAUUGAAAUGCUGUUGGAGAGCCACUUCUGAUGGAUGGAAUGCUAGAAUUUUCCACUCAAAAUGUGACUAUCGAGGAAAAACUAUAACUUUAGUUAAAGUAGGAAAAUUCAUCUUUGGUGGAUAUUCAACACAUAAUUGGGGUGGUUCAAGUCGUUAUCACAGCAGUUCCGGUAAUUACAUCUUCUCCUUUCGUAACAAAGACAAUUUGAGUCCAUUUAGAUCAGCCAUCUAUCAAAACAGCUACCAGGCCAUCUAUACUAACCCUAGCUAUGGACCAACUUUUGGAGGACAUGACAUAUAUAUAGCAAACAACGCAAACAAAAACAAAAAUUCCUACACGAAUUUAGGAGACACCUAUCGUCCUCCAUCUGGUUACAGUUAUGGCUAUAGUAACACCCAAGCUCUUCUUGCAGGUUCAUAUUAUUUUACACCUGAUGAAGUUGAAGUUUAUUAUUAUCUUUAACAUUUCACGUUAACUUCACGUGAUCUCCAGUAUUAUCGUCAAUUUAGCCACGUAUGCCAUGUAAUGUUUAAAUAGAAUUUGUAUAUCGGCUGCCAGUUGUAGUUGACAGUGGUUAUUUCAUAUAUCAUAAUGACAUAAUUAUAUUUUGUUACAAUUUGUCAUAUUUUUAGAUAAUUUACUAUUAAACAUUUUAUUUUUGUC